AUGUCGUGCAGCCUCGAAUCGAUAGAGAUAACCCCUGGAACCCCUAGCCCGGACUCUUCCAUCUACAAAAGUUCCCCCGCACAUGCGGAGCCAUCUCCAUCAGUCUCGAUGACAGGACCUUGCCAGGCGUCCAUGUCAGAUGCACCCCCCGCUGCACCCCCUGCUGGGCAUCCCGUGGCACCCCCCGCCGCACCCCCCGCUGCACCCCCCGCUGCACCCCCCGCCGCAACCCCCACCUCGUUCAUCCCUGCCAACCGCACCAUUGAAUCUGAUGACCAGUUUUCACUGAUUCCUGGAUCUGCAAAUAGAGUCCUACAAAGUCGGUGUCCUUCGUGCUUCUCCCUGAAGGAAUGGGGCCGUCCACUUGCUAUUGGUGGGGAUGUACAGUUUGGUGCUGAUGGUUGCUUCAACUAUCGCCAUCUCCGCGCUGCUGGCAACGGACCGUCUUUGUUCAGUCAGGAGUACUUCUUGACACCUGAAGAGGUUCACAAGGUCAAAGAAACUGUGCUUUUGGCAAGGAAAUCUCCGAAGCCCCUAAAAGAGUUUCCAAUUUCUGCUGAUAUUGUGGAGGCCUGUGGAGAGUCAUGGACUGCUGCAAAUGAGAACAAACAAAAGGGGGACCCAAAGCGCUAUGACUCCACUGGCAUCUUUGCACUGACAUGUCGUCAUUCGCAAGUCCUGUUCAUGUGUGACAUAGACACACCAGGAGAGCAGCAGCACUACAUAAUUGCGCUCUUGGAGAAGGUGGCUUCACUGCUGCCAUCCAAUGCGACCAUUACACAAUGCUAUGAUAUUGGUUGUGUUCUUGACCGGAGUAACAAUCUGGUGCGUGCAUUUCCAUUCAUGGACUGCUUUCUCCGCCACCAUCACAUAUCUUAA